AUCCGGGUUUUUCGCACAUCAUUUAGAAACAUGGCAGCCGUCUGAAGGCGAAAUCCAGUAAUGAAAACAGCCGUAGACUAAGCAGCCUGUGCGGAUAAAUGAUGUUAGAAAAUGAUAUGCAGUAAUAAGAUAGUAAUAAAACAAAAUGAAGGUUGACAGAACAAAAGUAAAGAAAUCCUCAUCAGAGGUGCCUGCUGAUUGCAAGCUAUUGAUUGACAAGUUAAAGGCUUGCACACAUUCUGACCUACUGCAGGCUCUGAAAGAUAUUAAAACAUGGACAUAUGGAAAGUGUGAACUAUAUCACUGGUCAGAUGUGCUUGACCUUUUUGAUGGAGUGCUGGAGAAGGCUUGCACUCUUGACUCUGAAAAAAGUUGGACCAUGGCAUGCGACUUGCCUGGAAAUGUAGAGCUGAAGCAGUUGCUUCUGGAAGUGUUGAGGUUUACAGCACUAUUGAUAGAGCACAGCUUCUCCAGGCACCUCUACAGCUCUAUGGACCACCUGACAUCCCUCCUGGCCUCAUGUGACAUGGCUGUGGUCCUGGCGGUAUUGAAUCUUCUCUAUGUCUUCAGCAAACGAUCCAACUUUAUCACCCGUAUGAAUGCAGAGAAGAGGCAAGCCUUGGUUGUUCGCUUGACUCAUCUUGCCGAGAGCUGGGGAGGAAGAGAAAAUGGCUUUGGAUUGGCUGAGUGUUGCAAGAACCUUCCUGCUUCGAGUUUCCCACCCAGUGCAACCACCCUACACUUCGAAUUUUAUGCAGAAAACAAAGAGGAAAAAACUGGAAAGAAAGGCUCUGCAAAUGCAGUUCAGAGUAUACACAUUGAAAAUGUAGACAAAUCAGACAAGUUGCCCACACAAAUAAUGGAGGAGUUGAUGGAGUCUUUUUCAAUUCCUCGCAACAAGCAGGUGCUCCUUUAUACACACAUCAGACUUGCACACAUGUUUCCCAACUAUGAAGCAAGAGUGCAGUGUGUGCAAGCCAGAUUGCAAGCCAUAUCAAUCCUGGUUUAUGCCAAUGCCAUACAGGAAAACAUGAACAUGAUUUUGUACCCUGGACUUAUAGAAGAGCUUGUGGACAUAGUGGAAAUAGCAGAUCCAGGUUUAGUGGAUAUCAAGGCCGCUGCACUGAGAACAUUGACAUCGAUUAUUCAUAUUGAAAGGAACCCAAAGUUGGUUAACAUCAUUGACUCUACAGGUGCCUCAUCAUAUCAUGGUUUCCUUCCAGUGCUGGUCAGGACAUGUAUUCAGCACAUGAUAGAUCCAGAAAUGGAGCCUUUUCCUCAACAAUAUGCUACUGCACUCUUCUCAUUUCUGUAUCAUCUUGCCAGCUAUGAAAAUGGGGUGGAAGCUUUGGUUGCCUGUGGAAUGAUGGAAGCCCUGCUGAAAGUUAUUAACUGGUAUUCUGAUGGUCAGGAACAUAUUACGUUUGUGACAAGAGCCGUGCGAGUGAUCGAUCUAAUCACAAAUCUGGACAUGGCAGCAUUUCAAGCACAGGGAGGCCUUCAGACUUUUAUUAAUCGUUUGGAGCAUGAGGUGGGGAUAUGUAGAAAGGAGCAGCCAUUUGUGAUUAAGCUGCAAAACCGUUUGCAAAACAUUGAAUCGCAGCCAGAGUCCCCGCCUGCCCCAAUGGAUACUGACAUGGUACAUAGUGAAGGAACCUGCACAGAAUCAUCCCCAUCUACAUCAGCAGGAGCUGCUAAAGAGAAGGAGAAUGCUUAUGUGGAAACCAUUGAUUUGCCUAGAACAGGUGUGCAGUGUUUCCCACAACGAGCUGCUUUGCUCAAGUCAAUGUUAAAUUUUCUAAAAAAGGCCAUCCCAGACAAUGCCUUUGCUGAGAGCAUGAGACACUUGAUGGAUGGAUCCUUGCCCAAAUCACUGAAACACAUCAUCAGCAAUGCAGAGUAUUAUGGGCCUUCUUUGUUUUUGUUAGCCACAGAUGUUGUUACUGUUUACGUCUUUCAAGAACCUUCAUUGUUAUCUUCUCUUCAAGACAAAGGACUGACAGAUGUAGUGCUUCAUGCACUUCUGAUCAAAGAUGUACCAGCUACUAGAGAAGUAUUGGCCUCCCUGCCCAAUGUGUUCAGCGCACUGUGCCUAAAUACAAGAGGAUUAGAAGCUUUCGUGGCUUGCCAGCCCUUUGAUCGCCUGUUUAAGGUUCUUCUGUCAUCAGACUACCUGCCUGCCAUGAGGAGACGACGCAGUGCAGAUCCAUUUGGUGAUACAGCCAGUAACCUUGGAAAUGCGAUGGACGAGUUGAUGCGGCACCAGCCUUCAUUGCGCGCUGAUGCUACUAAGGCCAUAAUAAAGCUGCUGGAAGAGAUCUGUUCAAUGGGACAGGCCAAGUUCAUCUGCCAGAAACAGCAGCCCAAGACAGAACAGGCAGGCACCUCCCCUCGGUCUCCGCAGCCUGUGGAUGCAGGUUCAUCUGAUGAAGAUGAAGAGGAGGAGGAUAUUCCUUCCACAUCUGCAUCGCAAAUUCCCUCAAGUUCUGCUGUUACAGGUCCAAAGGGCAGCACUCAAGACACUAUGCAAACCAAAACAACUCAAGAAAGGCAAGCUAUUCCUUUAAUGGAAUAUGUUCUUAAUGUGAUGAAAUUUGUUGAGGCUAUCUUGAGUAACAACUCUACAGACGAUCAUUGCCGAGAAUUUGUGGCACAAAAAGGCUUGUUGCCUUUGAUGGGUAUUCUUGGGCUUCCCAACUUGCCUAUCGAUUUUCCAGCCUCACCAGCAUGCCAAGCUGUAGCUAGUGUUUGCAAAUCAAUACUGACACUCUCACGCGAGCCUCAGGUGAUGAAGCAGGGAUUGUUGCAUCUCAACGAUGUGCUCCAGAAACUGGAACCCUUGCACAGGCCCUUGCCUGAACCAGGAGGCUCAGUUCUUCUACAGGAACUAGCAUCCACUGCCUGUCAGCCUGAUGCAACCCUCUCACCACAGGCCACGCCUCUUCUGCAUGCCCUCGCUGCAGCACAUGCUUACAUCACCAUGUUUGUGCAUGUGUGUAGAAUGGGGCAGAAUGACAUCCGCACCAUCUCGGUAAGCCACUGGGGAUCAGAACUGGGGUUGACAGUGCUUAAAAGUCUGAGCCAGCUGUACACAUCUCUAGUGUGGGAAAGCACUGUGUUGCUUGCCUUGUGCAGUGAAGACAUUCUUCCACCUGGAUGUCAGUUUGGCCGUGCAGACAUGGACCGCAUUAUUCCCAAAGACAUACAGGAAAGUGCUCCUAAAGAUGGCAUUAGUGUUCCAGAAGCUGCUGGAAAGCCAAGAGAGGAGGAGGAAGGUAGCCCUCACAGCAAUGGCAUGAGUGCUGCCAUGGAAUCAUUAACUACAUCUGAGCAUGUUGGCAGCCCCAUGGAGGUGGCCAGUACACUGACAGACAACUUUAUUGGGUGUGGUACUAGUGGUAGCAGCAUUCAAGGUGGCAGUGGCGACACAAGCACUGGAAGUGCUGACAAGGAGACAACUGCUGGGUUGUCCACCACAGGAAGCACUGGUGCAGUAAACAAAAAGCCCAAAAUGUCCACGCAGCUGCAGGCACAGAUUAGGCAGCUCAAACCUUUGUUGUCCGUGUCCUCUCGUUUGGGGCGUGCACUGGCAGAACUGUUUGGACUUCUAGUCAAGCUGUGUGUGGGCUCACCUGUUCGACAGCGUCGCAGCCACCAUCAGUCUCCCAAUCAGAACUCUCCACCAUCAGCUGCUGCACGAGCAGUGGCUUCUGCAUUAACACGUCUUCUCACCAGCGGUCUUUCAUGGGAGCCUCCUCGCUAUGCACCGGUACCAAAACUCCGAUUAACAUUCCUUGUUUGCUCUGUUGGCUUCACAAAUCCGAUGCUUUUUGAUGAGAAAAAGCAACCUUAUCAUUUGAUGCUGCAAAAGUUUGUAACAUGUGGAGGCCAGGCAGCUUUGUUCGAAGCCUUUUCCUGGGCGUUGUCUAUUGGUGGAAAAGUGCCUUUAGCAGAAGGUUUAGAGCACCCAGAUUUACCAGAAGGGACUGGAGAAUUCCUGGAUGCCUGGCUUACCCUUUUGGAGAAAUUGGUGAAUCCCAAGACUGUUCUUGAAACACCUCACUCCAUUCCUGGCAAACCCAAGAUCCCCAAUCAGCCUCCUGCCUUUAAUGCUACUCAGUACCUUAUCAGCACUCAAAAGGCUGCCUUUAGUGCUGUGAUGAAUCUGUGGAACAAGAAACCUUUGAAAAUGUAUGGCAGCCACAUGUGUGAAUCUUUGCUGGCUAUCUUCUGCCAUAUCAUUCGGGGAGAGAGCAUUAUCAAGGAGCAACUAGCUAAAGAGAAAGAGGAGGAGAGUGCAGAUGGGGCUCCCUCAAAUGCUGAGACUGAAGUAUCGCAAAGGCGCACGAGGACAAGUGCAGCAGCAGUUAACCCACAGCAUCUUCAGCAGCUGAUGGACAUGGGAUUCACUCGGGAGCAUGCACUGGAUGCUUUGAUGAACACUACCUCCCUGGAACAGGCAACAGACUACAUUCUGUCUCACCCACCACCACAGCCUUUCCUGGGCAGGGGUGCUUCUCGAGUACUGGGAAUGGAGGUGGACUUGUCUGACGAAGAGCAGAUGAUGAGGGCUAUUGCUUUAUCACUCGGCGAAAGUGUUGUGAUGUCUACAGACCAAGUAGAUGUGUCUAAAGCAGAUGCCAAAGAUGAUGAAGAUGAGCAAGAAAAGCAGGAGCAGGAAGAGCCUCUAGAUAAGUCUGUGUUGGAUGACUUCACAAAAGGGAUGUUACCAGGUUGUUUGAACCUCCUGGAUAUGCUGCCUGAAACUGUUUAUCGUGUGUGUGACUUGCUGAGUGUGGUUACCCAACGAAAUGGUGCAGAGUGGCGCAGUUCCAUGCUUGCUACUGUUGUUUCAGAGGUGUAUUCUCAAGCACAGUAUGUGCUGAAGGUUGCAUCCAGCAGUACUGCUAACCAGGAAACCGUAGAGAAGUUAUCUUCUUCGGAAGAGGCUCUCAAGUUUAGCACACGUCUCCACUUACUGAGCCUGCUUCUGGAGGAAAUGAGCCUAGCCUGUGCAGAGGCCAUUCAGAAGGGACACCUGCUGGAACUACUGGUGGAAGUACUGAUGGCAACGCAUGAUCUGCUUGCCUCUUUCAAAGACGUUGCAACUCCAAAGUGGCUGGCUCCACUUCUUCUCCUCCUUGAUCUUUUUGAGAAAAUAACAGUGAUAUCACAGAGAAAGGCUGAAGCCAGUGCACUGCAAGCGGGUUGCACCACCUGGAAAUGGUUUGAUGACAGUACUGGCAGAUGGUGCAAGUACAGCAUAGGCAACAACAAAUCCAUCCAUGAUGCCUAUGUAGCUGGGGAGAGUGCAGUCAGGUUUCAAGCAGGCCGUCGCAAGUAUUGUGUGCAGUUCAAUACCAUGGUUCAGUUGAAUGAAGAGACAGGCAAUCGGCGCCCAGUUAUGCUGUCUAUUAAUACUGCUGAUGAACGAACAGCAGCUGCUAAAGAAGAUGGAAAGUUGGGUCAGGCUAAAUCUUCAUCAGAAGAAAACAUAAUGGAAACUGAACCAUCAGAAGGAAAAGUUGAAAAACCUGUUUCUUCACCUCCUUUGGUUGGCUUGAAUGAUGAUCAGGUCACUCAGAUAAUCAGGUCACUGGUGUCUUUGAUAAGCAUACCAGUAGAGUCUGAGACACUACAUGCACUUUUGCGAUUGGCUCUGCGCUUGACUCGAGACCACAAUCAUGCUAAGCUCUUUGCGGGUCUUGGUGGUCCACGUCUGCUGCUGAAUCUUACACAGAACGUAGCCUUCCAAGGCUUUCUUUCGCUAAUCACUCUUCUCUUCAGACAUAUCCUAGAUGAAUUUAUUGCUCUGCGACAGUGCAUGGAGAAGGUGAUGCGGAGUGCCUGUGCUGGGAUGGGAUCGAGUGCCAAUGGAGUAAGCAAUGGCAGCAUUGGCUCAAAAGAGGUGCAUUAUGUGCUCCGUGUGCUGGGCCCUGCAGCCUGUCGGUCAUUCGAGAUCUUCAAGGGUGUCGCUUGUGACACUUUGCAAAUUGGUCUGCCUCCUCAAAACAAAAUUCUUAGAGAUGAGGAUGAAGCACGUUACACGGGUCCAAAUGCCCCACAGAUCUUAAAAUGCAAUACCUUGAAGCUGAUGGACUUUACCAUGGAUCCUGCCAUUCAUGAGUUCAUCUGUGACUUGCUAAAUGCUCUGAUUGUAAAAUACAACUGGAAGCAAGAUGAUGCCCAGACAUCUGAGGUACAACCUGCUCGUACCUUGGCAGAAGUGAUUCAUGAGGCAGUCAAUGAGGCCACUCGUAGUUAUGGGGGACACAGUGCUGUCAUUUCCCGACAAAGUAGCUCUGCUGAACUCCAGACAGAGGAAGAGCUGCCAAAUCAGUGUGAGACCGGUCAAGAGCCUGGUGAGAAAGACAGUAAGGACAACAAACCUGUUGAUGACAAGAAAGCCAGACCUCUUAUCUCCAAAUCGGCUAUUCUGCGUCUUCUGUCUGAAAUUAUAAAAUCCUACAGCAACUGCACACUUCUGAUCACCCAGUACAGUUACGAGCCUGGUCAGUCCGAUCUUGUGCCUGAGGGGUGCUCACUGUUGGCAUUCGUGCUGGAUCAGCUUCUGCCUGUUUGCCAGACUGUUGGGGACAAAGAUUGCCCUGCCCUUGCCCGUGUCUUUCUGGCCAGUAUUGCCUCUUGCUUACACAGUCCUGAAGCCCAAGCCACACUGGUCUCCGAGGUGAAAGCAGCACUGCAGAGAGCCCUUGCUCUCCCCGAGAGUGCAGAAAAACAUUCACGUGUGCAGGCUCUGAUGGCCAUCAUCAGUACCAUCAUAGAAGCCUGCCCAACCCCAGGACACAUCCGCAAUCAGGUGUUCAAGGGACAGCAGAAUGUGGUGAACACUGUUGUAAAGCUGCUCAUUCGAAAAGGGGUGGUGACGGACCUAGCCCGUGUCCCUCACAACCUUGAUCUUUCCUCACCUUACAUGGCUGCCACCAUCAAUUCCACACUGAAGCCUUUGGAGACUCUCUCGCGUGCUGUCAAUGCACCUGCCCAGCCAUCUGCAGCAGCCACGGGCAAGAGCAAAAUUAACGGGGAGAGUGGAGUACCUGUUGUUAGUGAUGACCAAGGAGGCACCACACAUGCUGCUGUUAACAAUGCAGAAAGCGAGGCUGAACAAGGGGACAGUGGUGUGAUCAUUGAAGAUGUGACUAACAACCUUGAUGCUCAUACUGACCUUGAAAAUGCCCACCAUCACGACAUUGUGGAACCAGAUCCAGACAGUCAGGCUAUGACACCUGAUGUGGAGCUGGACCAGAUAAUGGAUCAGUUGCUGCAGCGAGGUCCGGAUGAUCCUAGCUCUCAAGUCAUUGCUGACAUAUCCAUGAUUUCAGAUCAAGGAACGGGACAAGUUGAAGAUGAAUCUCAAGAUGUGCUGAUUGAUGUGGAGGUGGAAGCAGAUGACAUGGAUCAUGAAAGUGCACGCAUAGCUGCCCAGGAGACCUCUGACGGUGAAGAUGAUGGUUUGCAUCAUCACCAUCAUCACACCCAUCACACUGAUGGAGAUCAUGAGGAAUCCCCUGAUAGUCCCUCAGAAGGAGAAGACGAAGAAGACUAUCAUGAACUUGAUCAGGACGAUGAAGAGGAUGAGGAGGAAGAAGAGGAGGAAGAUGACGAGGAGGGCUCAGACAUGGAAGCAGAUGAUGAUGACUACCAGGAGAUUGACAGCUCACUUGUCCCAAAUCAGGACGAAGAAUUCUUCUUCCAAAUGGAUGACAUACAUGCUACAGGAGGUGGUCAGCACUUUGUCUUGAAUGAAAAUGCUCAGAUAUGCUCAUAUCAGCUUCCUGUGUCGGUGCAUGAUGCAGAUAAUGCCAAUGAGGCUUCAGGCCCCAAUUUGCCUCCAGCUCCAAGCAGUGUCCCUGUAGCGCACCCACUGUUAGUCCGGCAAACUGAAAACAUGGGAAAUAUGCGCAUCCGCACACGUCAGCGAGGGUCGUACCGCUUCACUCCAAGCACACACACUUUCCAUGUAAACAUGCAGGGAACUGGGACUGCAGGCCGCCAAACCAAUACACCUGUCAUUUUGCAGAGACUACUGGGUCCCAGUACAGCAGCCGAUAUACUCCAGCUGACCAACACACUGACUUCACAGGCAAGUGUUCCCCUCCGCACACACAUCUAUGCCAAUGACGAUCUACGCAUCAUUUCGCGCCCCGACGAAGACUUUUUUGAGGAAGUAUUUCAGGAUCCAUUCCCUGAUAGUGGGUCUGCAGGCUCAGGUGUGUUAGCUUGCGUCCCAUCUACCCUGGCACGUUGGACUGAAGAAGCUCGAGUACUGGAUGGUGAUAGCAUUCAUGACUGUGUUACAGUUGCAAAGCCAGAAAUCAUUGAGUGCCUUGUGAAGAAAAGAGAUGCAGAAUUGGUAGAAUGGCGAGAGAAACGGCGAAAGGCCUGUGUAGAGAAUUCUGCUGCAGCAGAAGAAAAAGCUAAAGAAUCUGACAAAAUCAGUUCUGAUGUUGGUGGUGCAGCUAAAACCACAACAACCACAGCAGAUGUGAUUUUAUCACAGGCGAUGCCAGAGGACCGUUCAGAUACAGUGCCUUCUGAAACUGAAAGAGAAAGUGAAACUGUCCUGGCAGCACGGCGCCUAGCUCUGAGUUUGGUUCAGGAGGCUCUUCAAGCCAGACCACCUUCCACAGCACCAUCAACAAGCAUUGCAACCACCAGUGUAAAUGCUCUUUCCACUGCCAACAGCAACGUGACUCCCAUCAUGAGGUACAGCCCACCUGCUAUGCUGACUGUCAGAAGAGAGCUCAACCCAGCUGUGUCACGGACAGAUGCACCUGUCCUGGCUGUCACAUCUGCCUCUGCUGUGUCAGGAGUCGCAUCUACUGCAGCUGUGCUACCUCCUGCCUAUGAGCUUGUAGCUUCUUCAGCUAGCAGUCUGGCAUCUCAGACACUUGGACCAAGCCACUCGGCCUCCACUCGGCCACCAAUCAUGUCCUCUUUGCUUGAUCCACAGGCUCCUCAGGCCUCGCAGGCCCACCAGAUUGUCACCAUGCCCAUGCCUUCACAUGCAGCUCCUCGCUGGUAUGCCAUGCCAGCUGAAGACUCUGGAUCAACAUUUCAUACUCCAAGUAUGUCUUUUCCCUCUCAUCAUCAUCACCACUACCACCACCCUCUGCAACAGCAGCAACAACAGCAAGGUGUGUCCCAUCAGACAGUAGAUAUGCCCCCUGCUAGCACUACGACUUCAACACCUGCCUUCGGCCAGCCUCCAAUCCUCAAUCACUUGCAAGAAUUUCUUCUAGGGCUCCAGCCCUCUGAUAGUCCAUCAUCAGGAUUUUUGGGAAGCACCGAAGGAGUUUCCUUAAUAGGUUCUUCCCCAGAUGAUUCUUUCCUGAACUUAGCCAGUCUUGGUCAGCCACCAGCCUCACAAGUCUUGGCUGCAUCAACAUCUGAGCAGCAUUCAGGUACUUCAGAGGGACUCUCACUUGCACCACAACCUAGCUUAGCCUUUUCUGGGAUGGAUUUCUCAGGAAUUGUUGUCUCACAGAGCUCAAGCGGUGCAUCAGCAGCUGGUGGUAAUGAAGUGCAAGGAGCAGAUGUGCCUGCUGCAUCUUCAACACCUGUAGAUGUCCCAUCUUCAAGCACUGUUCCUGUAGUUCAGGGAGAGCCAUCCACCAGUGGUCCACCUAACACAUCAGCUUUUGGUGACCUGCCUGAAGGGGUAGAUCCAUCAUUCUUAGCAGCAUUGCCAGAAAACAUCCGGCAAGAAGUGAUUGCAGAACAGCUGCGAUUGCAAGCGCAUACAGCAGCGUGCUCAACAGCAGCAACAGCAGAUGGCAGAGACUCCUGGUGCCAUGGAAGUGAGUGCUGAGUUUCUUGCAGCACUGCCACCCAAUAUACAGGAGGAGGUCCUGGCACAGCAGCGAGUUGAACAGGCACGGCUUUUGGCUAUGCAGCAAGGUGGGCAGAAUGCCCCAGAUACCCCGGUUGAUCCAGCCAAUUUUCUUGCCUCCUUGCCUCCAAACCUUCGGCAGCAAGUGCUGGCUGACA